CACGGCGCAGCAGGAUGGCUCGGCCCUCGACCUCGAGGCGCGAUGGUCGCGGAGACGCGGACGGAGAGGUCGAAGCCGGGUAGCAGAGGGCUUGAGAGUCUGCGGGGGGUCAGCUCGACGUCUGGAGGCGACGGCUAGACGAACGCCGGCAGCCAUGGCCCAUGGGCAGUGCAACGCGCGGCGACGGGUAGCGCGAGGUUAUCCUGGUUCUGCUGACUCCACUACUCCCAAUCCCUCCAUCUUCUGCAAAAAGAAUCUGGUCAAUUAACAAAGUAAGCAUCAGACUCCUAUAUAAGGCAAAGUAAGCAUCAGACUCCUAUAUAAGGCCUAAUAUGUCAUAUAUGCACAUGAAACUAAGCAGAUAUUGAGACACGCCAUAAGAAACUAUGUACCACUACUACAAGAGAUCUACUCAUACAGUACCUAUGCUUCUACUCUUACUCAGCCUCACAGGUGUGCUGCAAUUUCAGGCCAAGGCGGUGGCUUUGCCAAAUUCCAGCUGCCCAGAGAGCUGCGGUGAUGUUAAAAUUGUAUACCCAUUUGGGAUUGGUGCUCUCUGUGCAAUGGAAGGAUUUGACCUCGAGUGCAACAAAACUGAGGAUGGCAGCGCCAAUGUGACAUUUUUUGGCAGCAUGCCGUUGCUGAAUAUAUCAUUACUCCAUGGUGAGAUUCGGGUGAAACACCACAUCUCGUCCAUGUGCUACAACCUCUCGAGCAGGAGUAUCUCCUAUAGGGAAGGGGGCAUGAAACUCGACAACACACCAUUCACAUUCUCGGAGCUGCGCAACAGGUUCAUUGUUAUCGGCUUCAACACACUGGCCUACAUGAUUGGCUCUACUAGUGUGCUUGGGUGCUGGGCACGAUCCAAGAACAUCAAGGAGGCACAAGAUGGGGUUUGCGAAGGUGUCGGCUGCUGCCAGGUUGUGCUCACCCGCAACAUGUCUGACUACGACGCAGGUUUUAAUGAUCGGUAUAACACUACCAACAUAAGCACUACAGCUGGCGCAGAGUACUGUGGCUAUGCUGUGAUGAUGGAGGCUGAUGCAUUCCGUUUUCACACAACAUAUCUUAACACGACAAUGUUCUGGAAAGAAAACGCUGGCCGUGUUCCAGUGAUCUUGAACUGGGUAGUGGGCAACGAGACAUGCGUUGUUGCCAGCAAGAAAGCAGAUUCAUAUGCUUGCCGCAGUAACAACAGCAAGUGCAUAGAUUCGAGCAAUGGCCCAGGUUACCUCUGCAAUUGCACUGAUGGCUACAGUGGCAAUCCUUACCUUACUGAUGGAUGCCAAGAUAUUGAUGAGUGUGCUGUCAAUGUUCCACGGCCAUGCCCUGGGCACUGCAUCAACAUACCUGGGAAUUAUUCUUGCCCAAAUGAAAUGCCUCCGAGUUCUUCUGGCCCUGUCGUACUAGUUGUUGGUCUAAGCACUGGGGUCGUUAUUGUGGUCAUAACCAUCACCGGCACAUAUUUGAUCCUUGAAAGAAAGAAAUUGGCCAAGAUCAAGCGGAAGUAUUUCCAUCAGCAUGGUGGGAUGCUUCUGCUGCAGGAGAUAAGAUUAAAGCAAGGAACUGCCUUCUCCAUCUUCUCAGAAGCAGAGCUCAUUCAGGCAACCGACAAGUUUGAUGACAAGAACAUCCUCGGCCGUGGUGGCCAUGGCACCGUCUACAGGGGCACGCUCAAGGAUGGUAGUCUCAUUGCGGUCAAACGCUGUGUUUCAAUGACCAGUGAGCAGCAGAAGAAAGAGUUUGGCAAAGAGAUGCUCAUCCUUUCCCAAAUCAACCACAAAAAUAUUGUCAAACUACUUGGUUGCUGCCUGGAAGUAGAGGUUCCAAUGCUAGUUUAUGAGUUCAUUCCCAAUGGCACUCUGUUUCAGUUGAUCCAUAGUGACAAUGGCUGCCACAACAUCCCCUUCUCGGGUCGGUUGUGCAUCGCCCUUGAGUCUGCUCUAGCCUUAGCUUAUCUUCAUUCAUGGGCUUCACCUCCAAUUCUUCAUGGUGAUGUCAAAUCUUCCAAUAUACUUCUCGAUGAGAACUAUGCUGCAAAGGUAUCAGACUUUGGGGCCUCAAUACUUGCACCGACUGACAAGUCCCAGUUCAUGACUCUGGUGCAAGGGACUUGUGGGUAUCUAGACCCUGAGUACAUGCAGACUUGCCAGCUGACGGAUAAGAGUGACGUGUACAGCUUUGGUGUUGUUCUUCUAGAGCUACUCACUGGUAAGAUGGCAUUUAACCUUGAAGGCCCUGAGAACGAGAGGAGCCUUUCGCUACACUUCUUGAGCGCCAUGAAGGAGGAUAGACUCAUAGACAUCAUAGAUGACCACAUAAAGAGUGACAAUGAUACUUGGUUGCUAGAGGAGGUCGCGGAGCUUGCUCAGGAGUGCCUGGAGAUGAGUGGUGAUAGACGGCCGGCGAUGAGAGAUGUCGCCGAGAAGUUGGAUCGACUUUGCAAGGUCAUGCAGCAACCGUGGGUGCCAGCACAACACGACCCUGAAGAGAUGGAAAGCCUGCUCGGGCAGUCGUCGGUGGCCAGCUUGGAGAUUGUCAGCACCGGAAAUUUCAGCAUGGAGAAGAGGAUCCUGCAAUGGCUGCUGGAAUCUGGGCGUUAGAUUCGCCCCAAUCAUACCAUACAUUCUAAGUUUCAUUUCAUGUAAACGUGAUAGUCCUUUUUAAUUAGUGUGCUGCAUAUGUAUAUGUACGACAAUACCUGUAUGAGCCUACCCUGAUUUGGACACAGGAUCCAUCAGCACUACUUGUACAUUAUUUUCAGAACAGUUUGUCCAAUAUACUAUAAGUGCAUGGGUUGUCCAGUUA